AUGGACGAGUGUGUAAGGGACGUCGCCCACAGAAACAAAUUAGCCCAGAAAUGGUUGUCUGAGGGCCGAGUUGUCACCCCGUAUGCGAGUGGCAUCAUUGACGAACAGAAGCUGUUGGCUCCAUCGUACAAAGUCAUUGUGUCGACUGACGAUGUGUUUUUUUGUGUUCCACCCGUCGCGUAA